AUGGACCGCCAGCUCAACAUCAGCUGCCUCGGCGGUGCGACGCCGGAUGCCAGUAACCGGAGCGGGUCAUCCGGCGGGCUGGAGGGCGGCAGGGCACAGCUCUCCGUCUUCAGCGUGCUUGUCCUCACUCUCCUGGCCAUGCUGGUGGUGGCCACUUUCCUGUGGAACGGCUUGGUCCUGGCCACCAUCUUCCGCGUGCGCACGUUUCAUCGGGUGCCCCACAACCUGGUGGCAUCCAUGGCCAUCUCCGACGUGAUGGUGGCAGCCCUCGUCAUGCCCCUGAGCUUGGUGCACGAAUUAUCGGGGCGGCGGUGGCGGCUGGGUCGCUCGCUUUGUCAAGUGUGGAUCUCCUUUGACGUUCUGUGCUGCACUGCCAGCAUCUGGAACGUCACUGCCAUCGCCCUCGACCGCUACUGGUCCAUCACCCGGCACCUGGAGUACACGCUGCGCACCCGGCGCCGAAUCUCCAACAUCAUGAUCGUGCUUAUCUGGGCGCUCUCUGCCUUCAUCUCCCUGGCCCCACUGCUCUUUGGCUGGGGAGAGACUUACUCAGAGGACAGUGAGGAAUGCCAGGUAAGCCAGGAGCCUUCCUACACCAUCUUCUCCACCUUCGGGGCCUUCUACCUGCCCCUGUGCGUGGUGCUGUUUGUCUACUGGAAGAUCUACAGGGCGGCCAAGUUUCGCAUCGGAUCUCGGAAGAGCAACUCCAUCACCCCCGUCUCACCAGAAGCCCUGGAGAUAAAGGAAGCUGCCCAGCAGCCACAGAUGGUCUUCACUGUCCGGCACGCCACGGUUACAUUCCAGACAGACGGAGACACGUGGAGAGAGCAGAAGGAGAGGAGAGCUGCCCUCAUGGUGGGCAUCCUCAUUGGAGUCUUCGUGCUCUGCUGGAUUCCCUUCUUCAUCACGGAGCUCAUCAGCCCACUCUGCUCCUGCGACAUCCCACCCAUUUGGAAGAGUAUUUUUCUAUGGCUAGGCUAUUCCAAUUCCUUUUUUAAUCCCCUCAUUUACACUGCUUUCAACAAAAACUACAACAAUGCCUUCCGGAACCUAUUCCUUAGACAGCACUGA